AUGUCCGCACCAAUCGGCCAAAACCCGCGGAGGCGCUCCACGAGAGUCCCAAGCGCCUUAGGAAUGCAGCUUCGCAAGAGCGGCACCUUUUCUUCACCACAGUCAUUGUCCACCGACAUCUGCGACCUGGAGAAUCAACCAUUCAUGCCCCGACGAUCUCCAACCAGCACCGAGUCUCUUGAAGCACUCCUUCAAGACCCCAGUGUCAGCCGAGUCGCCAACCUCCUGAAGGACUUCGACAAGAAGAUUGCUGGCCACAGGGCGGCCUCAACCACGGAACCCAACCUUCUUAACGACCCAGAGGUACUUCCGGUACCAAGCUUCCUUCUCGAGAACGCUACGUUGGGCAGCACCCCAAUGGACAUUGAUUCCAAGCCAUCUGCAGUCGAACGGAACCCGCAUGAUCACGCCUCAGACAGCGGUCUGGGUACCAGCAUCAGUGGAUUGAAAGACGGUAAGGAUCUACCGCACCUACCGGCCAUGAGUACCCCGCUUUCUAACGCUCAUAAAGACAACGUUAGCACCCAAACUUCUCGCGAAUCCAUCAGUACUUCGGUCAGCUCGACCCAUUCUGCCAUUACCCGAUCAUUCUCAGCCAUGGAUCCUGCCGAGGACAAGCAUAUUCUUGGCGAAUAUGCUUGCAGACAGAUCCGCGAAUCAAUCAUCGACCCCAUUUUGCGAGAAGCAGACCUGAAGGACUUUCAUCCCUUGAUAAAGGACGUUCCUCGACGCAUAGGUGAGAAGAACAUCUGCAACCUCCGCGACCUCGAAAAGACCCUGAUAUUUCUGGCACCGGAGUUCUCGGCUACACCGUCAUCGUACGAACGCUUCUGCGUACGAUCAAUUACGCUUCUGCACACGGCUAUCAACCGAUUCUCCGAACAAGAUCAGCGACUGCCGACCGACCGACCGUACACUAACAACUACUUCCUUGAUUUGAUGGAACAGAUUCGACGAUACGCUGCAAUCAUGGCCGCAACACGUGAAAAGGAAGCAAACGGCGAGGACCUCGACAACAUGGACUACUCACGUGAUGAGAAGAUCACUCUGCGCGGCGGGCUCAGCCACAACGGCCGUCCUGUCGAGCUGGUGCGUGAAAAGAACGGCCAGGUCAUUUCUCUUGCCACUGGUGUUGGAAAGACUAAGCGUGCGCUGACUGACGACGAAAUGGACGAGGAUGAGGCCACACGCUCCAUGGCCCGACGAAGGAAGUCGGAGAAGCCUGGAGAUGUGCUACAUCUUUGCCGUGACUGCAAGAAAGAAUUCAAGCGGCCCUGCGACCUGACGAAGCACGAGAAGACUCACUCCCGACCAUGGAAGUGUUCAGAAGCGAAGUGCAAGUACUUCGAGUUCGGCUGGCCGACCGAGAAGGAACGUGAUCGCCACAUCAACGACAAACACUCGGCUGCGCCUGCGCAGUACAAGUGUCUCUACCCACCAUGCACCUACGCCUCGAAGCGAGAGUCCAAUUGCAAGCAGCACAUGGAAAAGGCUCACGGCUGGGAAUACGUUCGCUCAAAGAGCAAUGGUCGCAAAAAGGCGCUUACUCACAGCGAUUGCAGCCCUACUACUCCACUUACCCCGUUCCUUGAUACACCUCAGUCACUAAACCUGACUACGCCAAUCACACCAUUCGCGCCCUCGCCACAAUUACCCUUGGUCGAUACGUUCAAUUACUAUGAGUUUGGAACACCAGCUGUGAGUCUUCAGGGAUUCCAAGACGACUUCCGACGUGACUCGGUCACGACUGAUGGAUCACCCUUUACAUACUCUUCUGGAUACUCACCACCGGAGCCGACCUCUUUCGAUGAUGCUGUCACACCAGAAGACACUGCCAUCAACCACAACGACGUUUUCAACAACAACUGCGGAUUUGGAACAAACUUCGCUUUGGGCUUCCAACAGCCUACCCCGGCUUUGAGCACUACCUUCGACUUUGAACCUCUUGCAUUCUCUACCAAUCCCACCUUGGCUUCUGGCCUGCCGCACCUUUCUCCUUUAGCUCAACCUGACGUUACACUGUUUUCUCCUCAGAUGCAGAUGCACGUCGACGAAGGCUUUGGUGAUGGCAUGGAAAUGGAUAUGCAGGCCUUCAGCCGGCCAGUCGGAGACUUUGAGCUGUUUGGAGGGGCUCAGUCAAACAAUAUCGCACUCGACAGCAACACCACAAACUUCUUCCCGGACUUCAAUUCACUAGGAGGACAGUUCUCAAACCUCUACCCCACUGCUCUUGACGAAUUCAUGGGUAACACCGAUGAUCUGAUGGGCAACAACUUCUCAAAUUUGUAG